GCGCAUCGCCGGCGCCGGUCACAAGCAGAAGAUGCGAGUUGUAGAGCUAGGCGAUUCCGGCGGGGUGACGCGGCGGAGGUCGUGGCGCAUCAAGCUGACGCCGCGGCUGAACCUUGUAGUGAAUCUCCUUCGAUUUCGCUAUAGUCAGAUCGAUCACGCUGCAGGCGAUGUCUCUGUCACCGUCGGAAUCGAAGCGGUGCACCUCCGAUCUAAGGAUGUUCCAGCACACGUCCGAUCUAUCAGUUUCAGAGCAAAGAUCUCUCAGUUGUUCGGAUUUCGAGAAAUCUCGUUAUUUUUGGCUAUGAGUGAAGGUUCAAUUCGUAGGAGAAAUCAUUAG